AUGUCCACCACCAAAAAAAAGCCUUCCACCGCUGCCAACUCCACCUCCUGGCUCGACCGCAUCCCGUCUCUAUCAGAUGACCCCACACACCCCGCCCAGAUUGCCCUGCGCACAUACGCACUCGCCCUUUCUCUUUCCCUUGGUCCAUCCCUCGUGCCGUUCAUAGUUCAGGCUCUGUCCCCAAAGAAGACGGUCAAUGGCCCUGCGCUCAGACGCGUCCUGCGGCGCGAGCUGGGGCACGAUGGUCUGGCGUUUGCGUUUACCCUCUGCGUCGCCGGUGGCGCGGCGCUUAAGCAAUCUAUCCAACGCUUCUCCAAGCUAACGGAUCUCCACGCAAAAGACGCCUCGCCGGCAUCGACAGGCGUACAUGCCAUCGACGCCGCAGCGCGCUUCUUGAUCCGCCUGAAGAGAUGGAUUCUGGCGCUGUCGCCCGGCGAGCAGAGCUUUCUGUCUUAUGUUCUUUCUUCGUCUGUUGGGAUUCUCCUCAUACAGGCAGGCAGGGAGCGAACGGCCCGUUUGCAGCUUGCUCGACGCGCUGCAGAGGCUACCGCCAGUGGUCCCAGUAUUGUAUCCACACUUGCUCACCCGGCGCUUCGUGCUACUGCCAAUCGCACAUCGCCCACUCUCGACCUCACAUUGCUGCUCAUAGUUCGCGCCAUUGACUCCCUCGUCCAGGCCUUUAUAUUGCAAAAGCCUAUUCCUAGGUCUGUGCACCAUGAUACUCUGGACCGCCAACAUCCAUCAAAUGCCGCCGACCCAAAACUCGUGCAAGAAAAAUUGGAGAAGGAGAGGAUUAAAAGAGAGAAUAGAAUUCGCCAGAAAUGGACAUCACAAGUAGAUGCGUUUGUCUUUUGGGCAUGCAGUGCCAGAAUCAUGUGGUGCUUUUUCUAUGAACCACAGAGGCUUCCUCGAUCAUAUGUUAGAUGGAUUAACACCCUUGCGAAUUUAGAUGGUCGCAUAGUCGACGUCCUACAGUAUAUACGAGCAGGAACUUGGUCAUAUAUCACCGGUUCUCCAGCGCACGCCUCCCUUCUGCAAGCUAGUGCGCGAGAGUUGGGUCUUCCUGCUUCAUGGGGUGACCCAGUCUCGAUACCUGCAUAUGGGGGUCCAGCUGCCACCGCUGCAUGGAAGAAGAUGGGUGUCAAGUCGCGAGCAGGUGUUGGAGGUAUACCAUGUGAAGUCCUUCAUGGCAGGGUUGGUUCCAGCCUGGGACUUACAGGAAGCUGCACAGCCAAUGCAAGUCUGAGAAUGCUCAAGGGUUUCAGUGAGGCGCUUGCCAUUUACCUCCCUGUCCACAUACUUCCUGUCCUGUUGACCCGGCCACAAAUUCUCCUGCGGCCACAUCGUCUGUUCGAAUCCUUGUUCGGCGCCGUUCGUAGUGCGACAUUCCUUUCUUCUUUCAUUGGUCUCUAUUGGUAUACUGUCUGUUUCACCCGGACGCUUGUUCUGGCACGAUUAUUCCCAUCUAUAUCGCACGACUUUUGGGACGGUCCGCUUGGCUGUAUUUUUGCUGGAUGUCUCGCUUGCGGUGGCAGCAUAUGGAUCGAAAAUGGUAGGAGGCGAGGAGAAAUGGCGUUGUAUGUCCUUCCACGAGCUAUAAGAGCGAUCCUCCCCGAUGCAUGGACAAAAAGUGGAAAUCAAAGUUUCAAAUUCGCCGAACGCAUCGCCUUUGUUCUCUCGAUCUCAACGCUGCUUACUGCAGCCACUCACCGCCCAGAUUCUCUGCGAGGUUUAUCUCGAUGGACGCUGGCGUUCGUUACCAACGGACCCAGCACCGGAUUCUGGAAACGCAAAAGACGCGACCCAAGUGUACCUUCAACGCCUAGUGUAGCGCCUACGCCGUCUAUGUCCACUAACACUCGUGUUGAUGAAAACUUUCGUGCUGAUACCCCGCGCAUUUGA